CGGCAGGAGCCGGCUCCGGGCUCAGUCUGAGCGGCGGCGGUGGGCGGCAGGUUCGGAGCCGCGGUCGUCCCGGAGAAACAAAGAGACCCGCCCGGGGGACGGAGAGCGGAGAGGGAGGGGGUGCGGCAGGCAGAGCCCGAGCCCCAGCCCCAGAGCCCCAGCGCCAGCGCCCCAGCCCCGGGACCGGGCAUUACCACCCUCCUCCCGGACACACCGCUCUGUCGGUACCGAGUGAUGCCGGGCUUGCGGGCUCGGAGCCGGCACCUCGGGAAGCAGUGAACCGCGGGGACCGGGACCGGGACCGGGGUCGGGAUCGUCCCGGGGCCCGGGGUAGCAGGCAGGGGACUGUUGUCCCGGGGCCCAAGGCUCGGAUCGCCGCGCUGUCGGUGAAUGGGGAUCGGUGGCGAUGAGCUCCGCUGAGCAGACGGUGACUUGGCUGAUCACCCUCGGGGUCCUAGACUCCCCCAAGAAAACCGUGUCGGACCCCGAGGCUUUCCUGCAGAGCUCCCUGAGGGACGGCGUGGUCUUGUGCCGCCUCCUGGAGCGGCUGGUGCCCGGAUCCAUCGAUAGGAUACACCAAGACCCCAAAUCAGAAGCAGAAUGCCUGAGUAACAUCAAAGAGUUUUUGAAAGGUUGUGGGGUGCUUCGGGUGGAGACUUUUGAUGCCAAUGACCUUUAUCAAGGACAAAACUUCAACAAGAUUCUUAGUUCACUGGUGGCUUUGAACAAAGUAACUGCAGACAUUGGUGUUGGAAGUGACUCAGUAUGUGCCCGCCACCAAUCCCAUCAUAUCAAGUCAGUUGAUUCCCUGGCUGGAUCACAUUUAUCGCUUGGAAGAACUUCAAAAAACCUUCCGGGGAAGUAUCGAAGUUUGGACAUGACUGAUAACAGCAACCAUCAUAUGAUUGUGAAAGCAAAAUUCAACUUUUAUCAGACCAAUGAAGAUGAACUCUGCUUUACCAAGGGCGAUGUUAUCCAUGUGACCAGAAUUGAGGAAGGAGGCUGGUGGGAGGGGACAUUAAAUGGCAAAAAUGGAUGGUUCCCCAGCAAUUACGUGAGGGAAAUAAAGUCUAAUGAGAAGCCAGUCUCACCAAAGUCAGCAACUCUGAAAAGUUCUCCAAAAGGAUUUGAAACUCCUCCAAUUAGCAAAAGCUACUACAACGUGGUGCUGCAGAAUAUUCUCGAAAUAGAAUGCGAUUAUGCAGAGGAGCUAACGAUACUUCUGUCAACCUUCUUGCGACCUCUGCAAGCCAGUGAUAAGUUAAGUUCUACUGACAUGGGAUAUUUGAUGGGCAACCUGGAGGAUAUUUGCUCUUUCCAACAAAACCUUGUUCAGUCUUUAGAAGAAUGCACCAAGUUACCGGAAUCCCAGCAGAAGGUUGGAGGAUGCUUUGGGAACUUAAUGUCCCAAAUGAAAAGCCUUUAUCUCGCAUACUGUGCCAAUCACCCUUGGGCUGUCCAUGUCCUCACGGAGUACAGUGAGGAGUUGGGAGAAUUUAUGGAAAUGAAAGGAGCAACCAGCCCAGGGAUUCUUAUGCUAACUACCAGCCUCAGCAAACCAUUUAUGAGGCUGGACAAAUACCCAACAUUGCUUAAAGAGCUGGAGCGCCACAUGGAGGAAUAUCACCCAGACUGGCCUGACAUUCAGAGGUCCAUGAAUGCUUUCAAAAAUCUCUCAUCGCAAUGUCAGGAAGUGCGGAAGAAGAAGGAGCUGGAACUACAGAUCUUGACGGAAACAGUCCAUGGUUGGGAAGGGGAAGAUAUUAAGUCUCUGGGGAAUGUUAUCUACAUGUCACAGGUCACAGUGCAGUGUGGAAAUGAGGAGAAGUGUGAGAGGUAUUUCCUUUUGUUCCCUCAUGUCCUGCUCAUGCUCUCUGCCAGUCCCAGGAUGAGUGCUUUUAUUUAUCAGGGCAAGUUGCCAUUAACAGGACUGAUUGUCACCAGGCUGGAUGAUAGUGAGACUGACAAGAACACCUUUGAAAUUACUGGAAGUAUGAUUGAACGGAUUUUGGUGACUUGUUCCAGUCAUCAGGAUUUGCAGGAAUGGGUGGAUCAUCUUCAGAAACAAACAAAGACGCCCAGUGUGGGAAUUCCUGUGGUCAGACAGCAGUCUGUUCCAUGUCAUACACUUCCACUACAUCCUGCAACACCCCUCAAUAAGCAUUCUGAUGGUUAUCCAAUAUCUGUGACUCCUUCAUAUCAUACCCUUCCGCAUCCUUCCUUACACGGGACAUCACAUAGCUCUCUGACCUGGGGACCCCUAGAACCACCCAAAAUGCCAAAGCCUUGGAGUCUGAGCUGCCUCCGCCCAGCAGCCCCACUGAAACCGUCAGCUGCUCUGUGUUAUAAGGAGGAUCUCAGCAAGAGUCCUAAAACCAUGAAGAAACUACUUCCCAAACGGAAACCAGAAAGGAAAGCAUCUGAUGAGGAAUUUGCAUUGAGAAAAAGCACAGCAGCACUUGAAGAGGACACACAGAUCUUAAAAGUUAUUGAAGCAUACUGCACUAGUGCCAAAACCCGUCAAACUCUGAACUCAACAUGGCAAGGCACUGAUUUGAUGCAUAAUCAUGUUUUGAGUGACGAUGACCUAUCAAGCCUGGACUCCCCAGCUCGUCGCAGCAGCCUCUCCCGCUUGGAGCCUGCUGAUCUGUCUGAAGACUCUGAUUAUGACAGUAUCUGGCUGGCCCACAGUUACCGAAUGGGAUCAGCAACUCCGUAUCGUAAAGAAUCUGCUCCUCAGGUUUUAUUACCAGAAGAAGAGAAAAUAAUUGUUGAAGAAACCAACAGCAAUGGACAAACGAUCAUCGAAGAAAAGAGCCUUGUGGACACUGUCUAUGCAUUGAAGGAUGAGGUGCUGGAGCUAAAGCAGGAAAAUAAGAAGAUGAAGCGUUCCCUGGACGAGGAGCAGCGAGCCCGCAAGGAGUUAGAGAAACUGGUUAGAAAAGUUCUAAAGAAUAUGAAUGAUUUCUCUUGGGAUGAAACUAAUUUAUAGUGAACCAGUAUCUACAGCUGCAGUAGGUGGGACAUAAACAGCAGACUGGAAAAAACUGCUGCUGAUAAUUAUCAAACAAGCGCACAUCACGUCCCUCUACCAUUGGCUUGUUCACUAUUUUAACAAAGACUGGCAAAUUUUAACUGAGUCCGCCAUCCAUAAAACAACAGACUGGGGAUUGCCACACACAAGUGUUCUGCUCAUGAGUAUUAUAAGCUGUAAUCUCCAGGCUGUGCAAUUGGACAGUAUAAGUUUAGGGUCACCUGGAAUGUGGGUAUGGAAUCCAGCCAGACUGAUGUCCUCCGUCCAUGGAUGUCCUGAAAGAUCCGGUGCGUCACCUUUUGUAGCAGAAUUGCCAAUUGGGAAGAACACGGCACUGGAAAUAUGGCACUUCCUAAAAUAACUUCAUCUACAAUUGUAACUGAAAGGAAAAUAAUUAUCAGGGAAUUUGACUUGUCGUUUGAUCAUUGUCAAUGAUUUGAGUCAAAGUUGGAGAGCAGUUUUUGACUAGACAUUUGAGGGUUGCAUUUCAGGUCUGCAAACAGAAUUGUACGGUCUCUGGGCAGUUUCAGUGGCUAUUUUUAUUUUAACCUUUUGGUCUCGUGGUGAACUUAGUCUGGUGAAACGUGCAGCGUUUGUUUGGAAAUUCCUUCUGUAACUGAGGCUCAAUGGAAACAGUCUCUAAACCCGUGUGCUGUGAACGAUGUAUUAUGCAUGUGAAGCUUAGUGCAUUCUUAUGUUGAGGUGCGCAAGUUGUAGGAUAAGCUUUCUCAUGACAGGUUUAAUCACGGUGAAGCCCAGGCUCUGCAUCAGUGCAUCAUUGAUAGUGGCUUUGAGGAUCUCUGCUCUCACCAGAAGCCUAUCUGGACGAAACCGGAAUCCAAGGAAGAAGCAUUAAAAAAAGCACUCUCAGCUGUAAUAUUUUGGGAUGAUUCAGACAGGCUCCCUUGUUCUAUUCCCCUCCAGCAAGGCUUCACACUGGGAGCACUACUGAUCUGAAACAACCGACAUAAGAUUGUAGUAAAGGAUGAAAGGGCAUUCAAACAGGUGGGAGCUCAAGCUCUGUUAAACUUCUGACUCAUGUGGCUCUGACUUGGACAACAUUUGAAAGCUUUUUUUUUGCUGUGUAGCAUUUUCCUGAUGAUUUAGUUCUCCUGAAAUGAUAAGAAUGAUGGUUGGUUUUAUUCCCUAACCCAGAAAUCCUCAUCCAUAGCAGCGUGAGUGACUGGUGGGAACCAGUUAAGAGAUUUCCAACCACGUGCACACUGCUCACUAUAAAAGCAAGCUGUUCUGUUUACAGUCUUGCCUCUUUAAUGAAGACUUUUACUGCGGGAGAGGAAAAUAAGUUUGCAGCAUUAAAUUUUCCCUUUUUCUAACAACUGGGAAUUCUCAUCUUCAAUUUGGACAGACUAUUGUAAAAUGCACAAACCCAAUCUCUCCCCAUUCCUGAGGUUGCAUAGUGAGGGUCUGACUUAUAACAUGUACCGAUGUACUUUUCAAAUUGCACGUAAAUAUUUUCACUGAUUAAAACCAGCACUUACCAAAGCUAACUCUAACAUGUUGCAAGUGUGAUUAGUAACUUCUGUAAUUUUUUGUUUAAACAGCCAGAACUUCAGUUAUUGUUUUAACUUGUACUAUAUAAUAAUCUAGACAAAGGCACCAGGCACAAUUGGAGAAACAAAGUUACUUUAUAUUUUUUGUUCAGGUUGUUUGUCAAGAGUUAUGGUAGCUUUGCAACUAGCAGGUUAGUUUACGUCUGUCAGAUGUUUCUCUCUCAGUCUCUCUCUCUCUCUCUCACACACACACACACACACAUAUACACACACACACACUUUCUCUCUCUCUCUAACUCACUCACUCUGUCACUAAGGAAAAUAUGGAGCCCUCAUCUCCUGUAAUUAAAAGCUGACCUCAGGGAAUGACAUUGUGGUUGUGGUGUUUCAUUCUAAUUCUGAAUUAAAGUGGAGAAAAUCAGGACAAUGCUUUGUGUUCCAAGACUGGAGUGUGCAGCCCCAAUGUUAUGGUCAUGCAUAUGGACCAACCACUGGCCUUGAAACUUCAUGACCAUGGAUAAAUAGGUUUUUAAAAACCUCAGAGUUUUUCAGCUUUGACAGAACUAACUGGUACUGCAGACUGAUGAUAAGUUUUGGUAUAAAUCACAAAUGUGUCAAGAUAUGGGUUGAUAUUUUCCAAUAAAACUGCUGGGACUCUGAGCGACCUGCUGCAUGUAAGGAACAGUAGUUGCAUUGGUAUUGGGUCUAAAUGGGAGAGCUUUCAUUGCUUCUAAUUAUUUUUAAUCCUGUGUGAGACUAUCAUUUAGGGAGUGUGAUCUGGUAAUGAAUCAAAAAGGGGAUACGGAACUAACAGCUCAUGUAGUUUCUGUAUGGGACAUUGACUUUUUUAUAAAGCAAACUUUCUGCAGCAUUACUGAUUUGUUCUUGUUUUGUAGGUUGAAGGGAUAUUGUAGGCUGUGAAAUCUCCUAGACUUGGCUGAAUGAAGCUGUCAUCUUCACUCCUGUGCAGUCCUGUAAUGGUUAUGGGGUGUUGGAACUAUUUUUGAUUAAUUGUGAUAUUCAUGAAUAUUGAUUGUAUCAGCUUGGUAAGUCUGCCUGCUCUAAUUAAGCUGCCAGUCUGGUUCUGCAGUACCAUCUCCCUGUGUCAUUCAGCUGUGGUUAUAGGGGACUCUGAAAUACCUUUGGGUGAUCAUUGAGCAGGUUCUUCAAUGGGCUGGUGAUCUGAUAGGUUUGUUUUUAACCCUAAGCGGUUAAUUAGAAAAUCCCUGCAAUGUGUUUUAACAUUUCUCCAUCUGUGAAAGAUGUAGCAUAUGGAGAUUAAACUUGCUUAGAUACUUCCUGACAAAGUAAGAUUUCUGUGGCUGAUUGGUAUUUGUAAUUUAGGAUUUCCUUUGUAAAUAGAUUUAAUAAAACGAUUAACUGAAAGUGGAA